UGCGCGAGGCCCGGCCCAGGGCGGGCGGCGGGCGCACAGCUGAGCCGAGGUUCCGACGCCCGGCCCGCGCCUCGGGCUUCCGCCGGGUCAGCUGACCACCCAGUGCGGAACUAACAGCCGGCCCGAGCUGCCCGCCGCCGCCGCUGCGCUCCUGCUCCGCGCUCCGCACUCGGUACAGCGCGCCCGCCCCGUCGCCAUGGCUGGGCUUGUGGUUAGUGGAGCUCAAGUGUCCUACAUAGGCCAGGACUGCAGAGAGAUUCCAGAGCACCUCGGCAGGGACUGUGGACAUUUUGCAAAGAGGCUUGAUCUGAGCUUUAACCUUCUGAGGUCACUGGAAGGACUGAGCGCGUUCGGGAGCCUGGAGGAACUCAUCUUGGACAACAAUCUGCUCGGGGAUGACCUCGUGUUGCCAGGGUUACCCAGGCUCCACACCUUAACCCUCAACAAGAACCAAAUCACUGACUUGGAGUGUCUGCUUGAUCACCUGGCAGAAGUGACACCAGCUCUGGAGUACCUCAGCCUGCUGGGAAAUGUGGCAUGUCCCAACGAGCUAGUCAGCCUGGAAAAGGAUGAGGAAGACUACAAGAGAUACAGAUGCUUUGUUCUGCACAAGCUGCCCAAUUUGAAGUUUCUGGAUGCUCGUAAAGUAACCAAACAAGAACGAGAGGAAGCUUUGGUCAGAGGGGCGUUCAUGAAGGUGGUGAAGCCCAAGGAUGACCCAGCAUCAUUUGCUGAGGUAACAGUACCACGAGCUGCCCCCCUUCGCUGCAACACCCUCUGCGUCAUCGUUUUGCGAACCGCCUUUGCCAAGUGA